AUGACAAAUUCUAACUGCUCUGUUUACAAUGAGGCUGUGGAAAUUGCCAUGAACAUCCUACUAAUUUUGGAAUUUUUGCUGGGACUCACAAGCAAUGCUAUUGCUCUGUGGACAUUCUACUUCCGUUUGAAAAUUUGGAAGCCACACGCUGUCUACUUGCUCAACCUGGUUAUCGCAGAUGUCUUGCUGAACAUUUGCCUGCCGUUUCGACUGGUGCUUGCUCUCAGGUUUAGCACUAUAGAGAAAUGGGAUUAUAGAGAUCUACUCUGUUCAGUAAUACUCUUUGCACUGUCUCUUUCCCAAGCUGUCUCCAUCGCAUUCCUCACUGCUGUGGCUCUGGAUCGCUAUUUCCGGGUUGUCCACCCUAACAAUAAAACCAGCUUUCUCACAGCCAGGAAUGCUAGAGUCAUUGCUUGCUUGGUUUGGCUUUUAGCAAUUGGAUUGACUGUUGAGAUCCUGGUUGCUCCUCGACCCAAAAACUCUACUGAGUGCCGCAGUUUCACCCUACAAGGAGAGGCCAAUUUCUACAGCAUCUGGCAUGUCAUCAUAUUCUUUUUGGAGUUUCUCGUUCCCUUUGGCCUCAUUUUGUUUUGCACAGUUGGCAUCAUCAGGAAGCUGAAGAAGAGCCCUCGUGAUUUGAGCAGUCAACCUAAGCUGCAGAAAGCCAUGUUGUUAGUGAUUGCAGUGGUGGUGGUGUUCGGAGUUUGCUUCCUGCCUAGCGUGUUGGGCAGAGUGCUUGUGUAUAUUCUCCAAAGCUUUGAAAGUUGUGCAGCGUUUCGUUUUGCUGUGAAUGUAUUUGAUGUUACUAUCUGCUGGACCUAUCUCAACAGUGCUUUGGACCCCAUCGUGUACUGCUUCUCAAGCCCGACUUUUCGAAGUUCCUAUAGAAAGAUCUUUAACUCUCUAAGGGUGAGAAGAAAUGAAGUGGAACCUCAGACCUUGGACAUUUCCAAAGAUUCUGAAAGUUGAAGCCAUUGGAAAGAUUCUGAUAAUCUCUAAUGUUUAUGCCAGGCUGGAAAGGAAACUUUUCCCCCCCACGUUACCAUGUCUUAUCCUGCAAAUGAAGGGUCUGUCAGAACUCAGCUGUUCUAAAUCCUUUCAUUCCAUUGGGCUGGAAUUCUAAAAUAUAAAAAGAUAGCAGCAUGAAGGUCCAUUUAACACCCAGUCCCCUACAAUCACAGAAGAUGGACCAUGCAAGAGACACCCAUAACAUCCUUAAGGAUCAUCGGUCGCUGCUGAAUGCCCUAAUCAAGACCUAUGCAGUGUAGUUAUAGCUGUUUCGGUCCCAGGAUAUCAGAGAGACAAGGUGGGUGAGGUAAUAUCUUUUACUGGACCUCUGUAAAAGAGCUCUGUUGAGUCCAUGAUUUCUAGUGAUCAGCAGAGUUAUGACCCUGGAUUUAUGGAUUAUUACAAAUCUAUAAUCCACUAAUCCCCUUUUUGUCCUAUGACUGCAAAGGUUAACAGGCCACUCUACCUUGAAUGGUCCCUUAGAAUAUUAGCUAGCUACUUCUGCUAACCAAUCUCUUCCACCUUGUAUUUAGCUGUAACAUUCUCAGCAUCUUUCCCAGAGCUGAAGAAGCUCUGUGUGGUGUGAAAGCUCGUCUCUCUCACCAACAGAAGUUGGUCCAAUAAAAGAUAUUACCUCACCCUAGCAAAGACCUGCCAGUCUGAGUCAGGGCAUGCAGGUUGUCCAUUGGAAUCCAGGUUUCCCUCCAUCCCUUACACACACACACACACACACACACACACACACUGAAAGACCAGUUCUGAGCUAUACAAGAGUAAAAAAGUAUCAAAUGUUGAGUUAUAUUUUCUGCCAGAACUCAGGGAUUUAAAGAGUCAAAACCUGUUUGUUCCAGCACUUCGAAAAAUUCUGUACUGCUUCAGACUAUACUAUGUAUGAGGGACAUGAAUGGAACAUGAUUUUCUUUACAAUGACUGCACAGCCUGUAUUUUUUGCAAAGGGAAGGAGGUGGGAGAAGAUGGAAGGACAUGCAUGCCUGGUGUUGGAAAAAGCCAGUGUCACUAAAAGCAUGGCGAAAUCAUUUAAGAGUGGUUUAACCACAUAAAAUAUGACCCUGUCCAAAAUUAGUGAAAUUUGCAUUGUAAGCGCUGGUUGAACAGUUUAAAGCUACUUGUGAACUCUGCCAUCCUAAGCAUUUUGCCAAACCUAUUCAGAUUUUGUUUAUGGAAAAGCACUGGACCAAAUUCCAAUCUCAUUUGCACCAGUGUAAUUCCAGAGUAACUCCACUGCUGCCAAAAGACUUCCUACUGCCGUUGAGCUUGUCAGGCACUGAGGAUGCUAAACUGAAACUGUAGAAAAUUGUGAUAGAAGACCUUUUCUAAAGGAUGCAGGUGAUCCAUGAUUACAACAUUGCAGGAAUCAUUGUUCAUGGUUUUUGAUGAACUAGAGUUUAGCCUUGCAUACGUUAUGGCAUGUCCUACAGCUGCAGACCACCAGCAGUGGAAAGUCUGUCCUCAAGGCAUCUCAGCAGCACAAGAUACUUGCAAUCCCCAAACUGGUGAAUGUAGCCCAGAAAGUGGAGUGGGGAGGCCAGGAUGCCAGAGCAAUGUGCAGAUGUACAUACUGCAGGCAACGUCUGCCAGUGGGGCACUGUGGAGCCCUGUCCAAAGGAAAAAACUGUUCCCCCCUGGUGGAACACCUCCAGGAGGGAACCAAUUCAAAGAUCCUUUGGCUUUUCUGUGCCUCAUUGUCUACUUCCCCCUGUUUGCACUCAUGCAGAGGGACCCUGCAAAACCAGAUUCCGUGCAGUAGGUGAAGCUCCCAGCUGGUCCCUCACAUAUCCAGUCUCACUGUGGAACCACAUCCAUUCCAAAGGUGGGAGGGGGGCAAGGAAAUCCCUGCAGAUGAUGGAUUCUCCUUUUCUUAUCCGCUAUGCUGAUGGCAUUUUCUGGCACUGCUACCAUUAAGGAGGAAGCUGUUCCGGAAGUUAUAUUGUAUUGUGGGGAAGAGACUGAAUUACCAGCACAGAAAGUCUAUUUCUAGAAGCCCUGUCUGCUGAAUCCAUUCCCUUCCCCUUCUCGUCUAGUUUUUAUAUAGUGAGAAAGAAGAUAUUUUAGGUUUUAGCAGUGCCUUCCACUACACAAAAAUUUAUUACAACACUAAUGAAUUUUAAUCUAAACUUUAGUCGACACAUGUAUAUGAAUGUCUGUUAGUAUUAAACAGAAAUGCACUUUUACACAUGAAAUGUCUGUAGGAAAUACUUAAAGUCAAAGAAAAGUUUUCUGGAGUUACCAUUUUUGUGGUGUGAAUAAAAUAUUUUAGUACAACUCUCAGAUGAAGAUCCUUCUACUUCCUCCGACCAACCCCACAUCGUAGCUUGAAUUUAUUCUGGGAGCUACAGCAUUUCAUUGUAGGAAUGUGAACAGCUACCAUGUACAGUACUGAGUUCUUAGGAGGAAAUCCCGGUAGUACCUGGGUUAUAAUAUGUGAUGAUUUUCUGUUGUUCAGUUACCAGCCUUUGCAACUGCUCCAUCUGUUCCAUCAUCACCUGUUCCUGCUGCCCUGGGCUCUGUAAAUAGCACCAA